AUGAGCAAGGCAACGUGGCUGGACCGACAGAGCAUUCGCCAGCUUCUCCUCUACGGAGGGCUCGUGCGACUGGCGCUGCUUAUUUACGCUGCUUUCCAUGACUACUAUUUCCGAGUCCAAUACACGGAUAUUGACUACAUGAUUGUGGUUGAUGGCGCCAGGGAGUUACUGCACGGAGGAACGCCGUUUGAUCGCACGACGUACCGGUACACCCCUCUUCUGGCCGUCCUGGUGCUCCCCGCAGUGCUCAUCGCAAACCCGCUGGGAAAGGUCGUCUUUACGCUGAGCGACCUUGGCGCAGCCUACUACUGCUUUCGCAUACUCCUGCGCUUUUCGACAGAACGGAGUGCCAAGUGGAUGGUAAUUAUCAUGAUUCUCUUCAACCCCGUUGUGCUGAACGUGUCGACGCGUGGCAACAGCGACAUGCUCAUAUCUUUCAUGUGCAUGGGAGUGCUGGCAAAGUUUGCCGAGGGUCGCUACUUCACGGCCGCGGCGAUCCUCGGCUUUGCUGUGCAUUUCAAGAUCUAUCCCAUCAUCUACACGCUUCCGUUGGUGCUCGGUGUGUGGGAGCGUGCGAAGCAAAAUCGCUUCUUCAGUCGUCUCGCCCACACCACCUCUGUAGUAGUCGGUUGUGGUCUCUGCUUCACGGUCAGCUUCGCUGCUCCGACGUAUGUGUGCUACGCAGUCUACGGCCAACAGUACCUCGACGAGGCCUUCAUUUACCAUAUCCAUCGCGAGGAUCACCGGCACAACUUCUCUCCGUACUGGCUGCUCAUGUACCUCAAUAUGGGACGCCGAGACCUCGGCGUCGGCGUCGACUACUCCGCCGGACUGUUUGCGUUUCUGCCGCAGUUUGCAGUUCUGUGCUACGCCUCGUGGAAGCUUCGCAAGAACAUCGCCCACGCCUGCUGCGUGGAGACGAUUCUCUUCGUUGCCUUCAACAAGGUCUGCACCGUGCAGUACUUUGUGUGGUUCCUCCCGUUCCUCGCGUUCGUCUUCUGCGACCCGGCGCGGUCCACAGGGCUCACGUACGCCACCGCUGCCCCUAAGUCAGAGCGUCGACGGCCGCUCUGGUCUGUCAUGAUCAUCUUCAUGUGGGGCCUCACAAUUCCACUGUGGGUGUGGACAGCCUACCCGCUCGAGUUUCAGGGACGGAACCACUACGGCCGUCUUUGGAUUGUGUCGUGCCUUUUCUACCUCGCCACAGUGGGCCUCGCUGCAUGGCUGGGACGGCUGUGUUACCGGAAUAGCAUGACCAUCGCUAUGAUGGACGUUUCCCUGACGCGCAAGGAGGUUUAG